AUGCAACGUAGGGCGCGUGCUGUGUGCACCCGAUGCCACAGUCGUAAGACUGACAUGGCAGACCUCACAUUGGGCCUCGACAGCAAAGGGAAAGCCCUCCGUCCUUCACUUUAUUCGUCAGAUACAAGUCUCCUGUCGCCAAGUCGAGUGGUCCCAUCUGUGACAAAGGAAACCACAGCAGAAGCUACACCAUCACCUUUUCGUCCUCUGGGCCCCCGGGAUCUAAACUUUUUGGGACCUGGAAAUGUCAGUGGCCCUCAACAGCCAAGUUCCAUUGAUGGAAGCCAGCCCAUUCUAGACAUAAGCCAAUCUUGUCGCCUUCCACCUCUUGUCAUCGCCCAAGCACUUACCGAUUUCUAUUUCCGAGAGCUGUUCUACCUCGUCCCGGUUUUAGAUCGUGGACAAUCUGAGAUAGAAACCUCUACUUUGCUACAGCAAUGCCUGUAUUUCGCGGGAAGUACCAUGCGUCAGACAGCAGGACCAGCCGAAUGGACCACAUUUGCCAUUUACGGGAGGAUCAAAACAUUGCUCUUUCUGCACCAUGACCCUGCUCCAUUGAAUAUGCUCAGCACGCUUUGCAUCCUCAGCACCUGGCUUCCAUAUUCCCCUGACGCGAUAGUACUGGAUAACCCGUGGCAAUGGGCUGGCAUGGCAAUCCGACUCGCGAUUCAGUUGCAUUUGCACGAGAACGAGACAUACAACAAAUUGGAGCAUCCUGGAAGAGCGCGCAGAAUGUGGUGGUAUCUCUUUAUCAACGAUACUAUGCAGACGGCUUGCUGUGGUCGUCCUGCAUUCUUUCCCUUGGAAACCUCUGUGCCACUGCCUGCUCCGAGUGACUUCAAAGAUCCCGAUCUCGGAUCACACGUUUUCUGCCAGUUGACAAAUCUCUGCACAAAAAUUAAAAAGGUUCAGGACUUGGCCAGACUUGAUAACGCCUCACCAGAGCAGGUGUAUCUGAGCCUGGACGGACUCAGACUGUUGAGAGAACAGUUGCCUGUCGAAAUGCAAUUGUUCCACAUCGAAACUAGACAACCAUACAGCCGCCCUGUUAUUGAGCUCCAUAUAUUCUACCUGGUGACUGUUAUUUUGACGUGCUUUCUCGGCCGCCGGCACAACCCCUCAUUGUUCAAAUACGCUUCAAUGGUCGCCUCGUCCUGCAUUUCUCGCCUCUAUGAAGAGAUCCUGUAUCACGAGGACGUCCAAUACCUAUUGCCAAUCCAUUCUUGGGCUAACCUUGUUGCCGGAAUCCCACGGGCCUUCACCGAUAAUGAUGCAUUGAACCCAGACCGGGAGGAGGAGCUCAGAAUCAGCAAACAAGUGCUGGUAAUCAUGAGUGAAAAACAUACCUCCGCUCGUUUGGCACUCAGCAAGAUCGGCGGAUUCAACAACAUGCGCGCAGAUGCGUUUCCCGCUCAAACCGAAAGUACUUGGGAUGCUCUUCCGGUGCCUGGGCAAAUGCAACUGGCUCAGCUCUUCCCUUUCCCCUCGAGCUUUUGCCCUAUGCUUGGGCUGCUAAGGUCUGCAGAAACUAGUGAAAACGAAACGCCGGAUACGCUUCUCACUUUGCCUAUGGAUAGCAAUGAUUGGCCGAUAGAUUGGUCUUCUUUCUUAUUUGACGGUCCUAUGAGCGUCUGA